GUAAUGCCGUUGAAAUGCUGGUAGCGUAUCUCGCCAUGCAAGUCAGAAGGUGCAGCAGGUAGAACAUCGCUCCCUUUUCUCCUCUUGAGAAUCCUCCCCGCAGAGGGACAGACGCUUCAAUAAUUGAAGACGCAACAACAUUUUCUGUCCACUCAGUGACAGUUACUAGUAUUAUUGCUUCUCACUUUUUAGGCUUAUGCUGUUAGUUUCUAGCUCCUGUGCCAGUCGGCUCGUGCGCCAUACGGGUCCGUCGCGCCCUUUUGUUUCUAUUAUUUUUCCUUCCGCUGCUGCUGCGUCUCUUCGUUGUUUUCCGCUUUGUCGGCCUCGCGGUGCUGCGGCGGUGCGCACGCCUGCACGUCACUUCGGCAAUGCGCCGUCACGCGUUCGUCCGGUGGAGACGUCGCCGGAGCACAUGUGGCGGCAGAGCGAGCGCGAGACGAGCGCAUCCGUCAUCGUUGUCAUUAUGAUUAUUGUCCCGCUUUGGCUGUUUGCGCUCUCGGCCGAGUCGCAGGAAAGGAAGCGGGAUGCCUUGCGGGCGUGGGCCCUGGCGCAGCGGGCGUCACACCAACCGACGGGGGCCGCGGAAGAAAAAGUGUGA